CCCCGUACGCAGGGUGUAAACGCGUCUUUCCGCUUCCUUCUCUCUCUUUCUCCGCCAUUGUGGUCUGUGCGGUUCGUUCUUCUUCGCCAUGUCUUCUCACAAGACUUUCAGGAUCAAGAGGUUCCUGGCCAAGAAACAAAAGCAGAAUCGGCCCAUUCCUCAGUGGAUUCGGAUGAAAACUGGUAAUAAAAUCAGGUACAACUCCAAGAGGAGACAUUGGAGAAGAACCAAACUGGGUCUAUAAGGAAUCGCACAUGACAUUGGAGAAGAACCAAACUGGUUCUAUAAGGAAGGGCACAUCAGAGAUGUCUCAUAUUUACGCUCUAUUCAUGUUGUCUGCCUCUCGAAGUCACUGAAAAGACCACCGCUGUGGGGACAGUUUGGCAUUUUAUUGGGAAUUGGAUUAUUUUUUUUUCCUUGACAUUUUUCCUUCAGUAGUAGGUUGGUUCAUUAAUAAAUGUGAGGCCAUUUAAACUUC